AUGAAUUCAGACAGGAGUCGGUCGCGCCGUGAGCGCACCUUUGUUGGCGCCGAGUGCGCUGUCUGCGAGGAGCCACUCGAACACACGCUGCGCGGCGAGAGGAUAUUACAGUUCUCGUGUGCUCACGUCUCGCAUGAGGCAUGCUUUUACGAGCUCAUUCGAGAAUUCGAGUCGCAGUACUGCCCGGCAUGCAAUGCCCCGCUGCAUCUGGACACAAGUCGAGGUGGGAAUGUAUUGGAUAUAGAGAAAAUCAGCAGUAUGGUACGCGCGGUAUCCGUGAGCGAUUCGCGGUCACAAGCUACUCCUACCCCAACUCCCCACUGGGAAGACCAGCCGGGGAGGCCACAUAGCCGCGGCUCGGGGGCCAGGCCCGGCCACGGCGCGGUGCGAGAGAGUGUCCCCAGAGGCAGCCAGCGAGACAGCCGUGAGAGUCGCGAGGGCCCGUCGUCAGAGCAUCGCUACAACGGGCAACGACACAUGCGGAGCGACAGCGAGGCCACAGGCGUUGCGUCUUCGGGAGGGUAUCCCGAGACGACACAAAGCGGGCCGCCACGGCGCCACGAUUAUGACGUCCAAGCGAUGGAGACAUCGCUGUCCAGCCCUCGGGCCGUCACCCGGAAUCCCAUCCCUGCACCAACUGUUACGGUUCGCUCCGAAUUCCCAACCAUCAACAGGUCGAGGCAACAGCAAACCCUCACUUGCCUCGUCACAGUUGAGGUGCCCGAUAACAAGUGGCGGCCGGAUCCCGAGGAUCUGCAGAGUGUGCCGCCCCUGGCGCUGCCCAGGAUAGAAGAAUCAAUCCGCGUGCCGUCCCCUGCCCGAAGUGCACCUCGCUUUUACCCCUAUGAAUCUCCCGAGGUACUGGCUGAGAUGACCGAGAACCUUCGCAACCGAGUAGACAAUUGGCAUGGACUGGAUUUUGGCCGGUUCGGUAAGCUUCGGCUCUACGGCACUCUCCGUGUUGGCAAGGACAAGGUGUCCUGGCAGGAGUUGGAGUGCUACCUCUUUGCCGAGAUGCUCAUCUGCGUCAAGGAGAAGAAGCACACGCACGCGCCGCAGGGGCAAUGGGGAGAUGACUCUGCUCCACGCAAACCGGCCCGCUGCACGCUCAAGGGCUCUAUUCUCAUCAAGAAGCACCUUAACGAGGUUUCAGAAACCGGCAAUCUGGAUGAGAACAUUCUCACCCUCAGCCUGUCGGUUGCUGAGCUACCGCAGUUCCAUCUCCGCUUCGAAAACCGCAACCAGCUCAAGCUUUGGCAGCAAGCCCUCCUUGAUCUCAACGCUGUCGAGACCUCACCCGUACGCGGUCCCGACUACGACCGUGGUGAGUAUUCGGAACCCGACGAGGACGACUGGCAACGGAAUGGGUCUGGGCGGCCACAGCGCGUGUCGUCCGUGGCUUCGUCGUGGGGCGGAGCGAAGUCGGCGACAACCGCUCCCACCGAAUACACCAACUUUGCACGGAGCCCGUUGCUACCUUCAAUUCAUGUGCCUGUGGACGUGGUGGUUGUGGUGCCCAUCUCGGCCUCUAUGCAAGGGGUCAAGAUCAACCUGGUCCGGGAUGCUUUACGGUUCAUGGUACAAGCCCUCGGAGAACGCGACCGCAUGGGCUUGGUGACGUUUGGGUCUUCGGGCGGCGGUGUCCCUAUCGUCGGCAUGACUACCAAGGCAUGGCCGGGUUGGAGUAAUGUGCUCGGCUCGAUCAAGCCCGUCGGACAGAAGAGCCACCGCGCCGAUGUCGUCGAAGGGGCCAACGUGGCCAUGGAUCUCCUUAUGGGCCGGAAGUACAACAACCCAAUUGCUACGAUUAUGCUUAUUAGCGAUGCCUCAACGUCCGAUGCUGAUAGCGUUGACUUUGUUGUGUCGCGGGCAGAAGCGGCCAAAAUCACGAUCCAUUCCUUCGGCCUUGGAAUGACCCACAAGCCAGACACCAUGAUCGAACUCUCUACGAGAACCAAGGCUUCAUACACAUACGUCAAGGACUGGAUGAUGCUCCGUGAGUGUCUAGCUGGGUGCCUUGGUUCCAUGCAGACGCUGUCGCACCAAAACGUCAAGCUCAAGCUCAGGCUACCCGAGGGCUCGCCGGCAAAGUUCCAUAAGAUCAGCGGCGCGCUCCAAAUCACGAAACGCGCCACGGGCCGUGACGCGGAGGCUUCCCUUGGCGACCUCCGGUUUGGCGAUAAGCGCGACAUUCUCGUGCAACUCGUCAUCAUGCCGGACACGGCGUCGCAAGAGCAACUGCCGCAGGACCCUUGGGACAAUAUCGUGUCUGGGUUGGAGGCUCUGGGCGGUCCGGUAGACCAAGAGGAUCACAGGACGGUUUCGGUGGAGGAGGUGCCCUUGAUCCAAGCCGAGCUCAGCUGGGGUGACAUCUUGCGGGACGGCACCUCCCAGCACACACGACCCAGCCUCCUCGCCAUCACGAUGCUGCCCGCAUCCUCCAAUUCGAAGAAGCCGUGGGCCAACACGCCGCCAAUCCCCCCACACCCUCACAUCGUCCAGCGGCGGAUGGAGCUCCUGACGUCAGACAUGUUGACCCGCGCCCUGACCCUGGUCAGCAGAGGGCAGCACGACCGCGCCCACACCCUCUUGAACGAGACACGUUCCAUCCUCAAGGGCCUCGGAAAGGGCGGCCUCCCUCCCGUGCCCCCCGUCCCGGCCGGCAAGUCGCAACCGUCAACGCCCCACCCAGGCGCCGAGGGCUCCCCCACCGUCGCCGGAACCCCAGACAGGAAAAACUCGCCGUCCCCGACAUCCGCCACCAACCCGGCUGCGCUAGCAGCAGCAGCCCACCAACAACAAUCCAUCGCCCGCAGCCGCUCCAACGACGCCCUGGGUCUCGUCACCGGCCCGCCGACGACGACGGGCAUUGACGCCAACACUGUCGCGGCGCUCGAUGCCGAGCUCGAAUCGAGCCUGGAGUGGAUCAACCACCCGGCCGUGUUUGGCCGCGACUCGCGCAAGGCGGUACUGCAGGCGAUUGGGGUCAUCAGCUCGCAGCGGGCGUUCACGUUCCGCACGCCGAUCGAGAGCCUUUGGGCCGGGAGGAUCAGCGGGGUCAGGAGGUUGACGGAGAAGAGUCGAGAGUGGAGGGAGGAAGGCGGCGGGGAAGGGGGGAUUAUGGAGGAGGCUUGA